GUGUUGAUCCAUGGUGAUGGCACUGCAUGUAUUGCUGACUUUGGUCUUUCCUUGAUGUAUUCCCGAGUUCAUAAGCGCCUCUCAGGCUUCCUACAUGUCCACGCUCAAAGGAAACGUGCGAUGGAUGGCUCCUGAACUGUUCGUAGAGCGGGAGAAUGGCUCUCAAGUUCGGCCAAACAAGCAGAGCGACAUGUAUUCGUUUGGCGGUGUCAUGCUGCAGGUUCGUCUGGGUUAAUUUCGGCCUCUCAUUGAUGACCCGAGCUUUGCUUGUACUAGGGACUCACCAAUAACACUCCCUAUUAUUACCUUCGGAAUGAUGCUGCCAUCAUCUGGGCGAUGCAGAAGUCGCAAACGCCUUCCCGAUCCCGUCAUGCUGAGCUCCCUGAACCAUACUGGCAGUUUAUCGAG